AUGGACGGGCGGGCGGCCGGGGCUCUCGUCACGCAGCAGCGCAGGAGGAAAUUGGUUUUCUCUCCUAGUGUGAAGCAGGAGACGGGCACACCGCAUGCAAAAGGGCUUCCUAAUAAUAAAUCCACAGAUCUGAAGCUGGACAAACUCCGGGUUGAAAAGGCACCACGCUACGAGAGAAAGCAGAAAUUCUGGUGUGACUACGUGACAGCAGCCGCUGCGGCUUGCAGACCUUCUACUUGCAGACCUUCUACUUGCAGACCUUCUACUUGCAGACCUUCUACUUGCAGACCUUCUACUUGCAGACCUUCUACUUGCAGACCUUCUACUUGCAGACCUUCUACUUGCAGACCUUCUACUUGCAGACCUUCUACUUGCAGACCUUCUACUUGCAGACCUUCUACUUGCAGACCUUCUACUUGCAGACCUUCUACUUGCAGACCUUCUACUUGCAGACCUUCUACUUGCAGACCUUCUACUUGCAGACCUUCUACUUGCAGACCUCGGGCGGGCAGACCGGUUUCAGCACCGCGCUUGUUCCGAGCCGCUGCCAGAGCGAUCGCAGCACCGCAAACAUUUUCCUAUUUUUGA